UCACAAAUGGACAACCUGACUUUCAGAUACAGUGUACUCUUACUGGAGGGACUGAAAGUCCCACCUCAGUCCAGCAAGCUCACGUUCAUUUUUCUAUUGAUUGCUUUUGUCUUUACAAUGGUGUCUAACAUUGGGAUUUUGAUUCAGAUCUCAGCAGAAAAAAGUUUACACCAGCCUAUGCACAUUCUUUUCUGUCACUUGCCAGUGAAUGAUGUAAUGGGAGUAAUUGUCCUUAUGCCGCGUUUACUGAAGGACUUAAUAACAGACCCCUCUGAGCGCUACAUCACAUAUGUGGAGUGUGUUAUCCAAGCUUUUUUUACACAUUUAUAUGGAACAACAUCCCAUACUAUUCUAAUGAUCAUGGCCUUUGACAGAUAUGUGGCCAUAUGCAAUCCACUGCGAUACCCAACUAUAAUGAGCAAUAAAAUGAUGAUUAAACUGUCGGCAGGAGCUUGGGGUGCUGCAGUAGUGCUGGUGGGAAUUCUGAUCAGUCUCAGUGUGCGUCUGUCUCACUGCAGAUCUGUGAUUCAAAACCACUUUUGUGACAAUGCUUCACUAUUUAAACUGUCCUGUGAAAAUACAGUUAUUAAUAAUGUAUAUGGGUUAACUUUUACUGUGGUUUUACUCACCUCCUCACUGGGGUGGGUGUUAUUGACAUAUAUCAGAAUAGCAAUGGUAUGUUUAAAAAGCAAAAACAAAGCAACCAACAGCAAAGCCAUCAAAACGUGCUGCACUCACUUGGCUGUUUAUGUAAUCUUGAUAGCCUGUGGAUUCUCAGUUAUUGUACUGCAUCGUUUUCCUGAAUACUCUGACAAUAGGAAGUUUGCUAGUGUAAUGUUUCAUGUUAUACCACCUGGAUUGAAUCCCAUAAUAUAUGGUUUGCAAGCCAAGGAAAUAAGACAAAGAAUGUUAAAACUCUGCAGAAAAAAAGUUUAUUCUAACUGAUUUCCAUUUAUUUACAUAUUCAUGUAAGAAAGCAGUCACUGUGAUGUGUAAACAUUUUCUUUGAAUGCAGAUUUUAAAUGUGAAAUAUACUUUAAUAUGUAUUUUAUAGAAGUUUCUUUCUAAACAUUUUUUGUGUAAUUAUGUGACAAAGCAGUUAAUAAGUCAAAUGUAUGUAUCUGAUAAAUAUAGGAUAACAGUCAGUAUAAUUCAUGGAUAUAGACUAAACACUCAAUAAAUACUAAUAAUUACAGUUAAUUUGUUCUAUUCAGCAUUUCAAGUGCAUGAUCUAAUUACUUUGAAUUAUACAUUGUUACAGAGGAUGUAUUUAAAAAAAAAAAAAAAAAAAAAAAAGAGAUGCAUUCAGGUAUAUCACUUUUCUUCAGUGCAUUGAAACACCAAACACCUUGGAAUGCCAGUUAAGCGAUGUUCACUUACAGUAUCUCACAGAAGUGAGUACACUCCUCACAUUUUUGUAAAUAUUUUAUUAUAUCUUUUCAUGUGACAACACUGAAGAAAUGACACUUUGCUACAAUGUAAAGUAGUGAGUGUACAGCUUGUAUAAGAGUGUAAAUUUGCUGUCCCCUCAA